AUGCUGCUGCCUGUGCAGAUUGUGGAGGCCAUCAUUAUAGCUAUAAUCGGGGUAAAUGGAAUCAUCAUAAACUCCGCCAUCCUCUCUAUGUACAUCAGAUACUGGAGAAAGACCACGAGUCUGGCCGCCAGUGACCCAAUCCUGCUCUCUAUGGCUCUCACCAAUCUCCUCCUGCAAUGCUCAUUGUUGCUCAACAGUUGCUUGCUUGCUUUCCAGACACAAAGAGAAAUGAACACACAAACAAUCUCAGUUGUUGUUUAUGUCCUGCUUGUCCUGUACAAUAUGAGUUUUUGGAACACCGCCUGGCUCUCCAUCUGCUACUGUGUGAAACUCGUCACCGUUACCCACCGGAUCUUCCUCUGGGUGAAAAUGUGGUUUCCCUCUUCCAUCACCAAACUCCUCAUAGGAUCAGCAAUAUGGUCAGUUCUGGUGACUUUGCCCUUUUUCUGGACAUCACAGAUGAUGUUUCUACAGAAAACAAAUAUUACUGAUGGGUCAAUAGGUUUUGCAAUGACGGUAAAUGUCCUUUACACUGUGACUAAUAUGCUGCUCAGUUACAUCCUGCCCUUUACCCUGACUGCCAUCUGUAUUGGGCUCAGUGUGACGUCUCUCCUGCACCAUGUCUGGAGGAUCAGGCAGAACGUGUCCCAGGACAGCUCAUCCCCUCAGCUCCAGGCUCUUGUUCGGGCGGCUGUGACAAUGAUGCUGCAUGUGCUGUUGGACCUGACCUUCCUUAUUAUUCUUCUUUAUACAUUUGCUGUGUCUUUCCACCUAGAACCUGUAGUAGGAUUCAUCUUCUGGUUGUUUCUUAUGUCAUAUCCAUCUGUACAAUCUUUCAUACUAAUCUUUGGAAACCCUAAAUUGAAGAGAAGACUCUUGAGGCAUCAGUCCACCUAG